AUGGAGGGAGGGGCUGAUCCUGCAGUGCCUUUCCGUGAGGCUCCAGCCUACUCCAAACGCCGGCGGGGUCCGUCCUCUGGCGGCGGAAACGGCCAGUCGCCGUCCUCUCUAUCAGCGCCACGGGUCCUCCUGCGCUCCAACAGCGACAACAACCUUUCUGUGAGCCAGUACCAGCAGCACGGUUCUCCUGGAAAUUGGGCCCCCCAUCUGCAGCAGCACCAACAGACCCACCAACACAGGGCCCCCCAGCAGGGUCACUCGCAGCCUGGCUCCUCAGCUUUACACCGCAGCCUGUCCCCUCAGCUGGUCCAGCAGAUGCCCAGCGGCAGCCCCAAUGGCAACGUGGUGGUCCGAACUAUGGGGAGGGGGGCAAGGAGCCGCUCCCCCUCCCUCAGCCGGCUGGGGGAGGAGAACAGACGUGCUCAGACUUCACAGCGACAGCCCAGUCCCAGCAGUCACAGCGAGGCGGUUGGCCCCAGGAGGAAGCUUUACAGCGCCGUUCCAGGCAGACACUUCGUGGUGACUCGUUCUUACACUGCCCAGGCUGAGGGAGAAAUCAACCUCUACAAAGGGGACAGGGUCAAAGUUCUGAGUAUUGGAGAGGGUGGAUUCUGGGAGGGCAGCGCCCGUGGACAGCUGGGCUGGUUUCCAGCCGACUGCGUGGAGGAGAUCCCAGCCAAGGCCACCGAGGAGAGGACCUAUUCUCGAGCUGACCGGGCUGACAGACGGAAGCUCUUCAGACAUUACACUGUGGGCUCAUACGACAGCUUUGAUGCAUCCAGUGACUGCGUGGUGGACGAGAAGACGGUGGUUCUGCAGAAGAAGGAGAAUGAGGGCUUCGGCUUCGUGCUGCGUGGGGCCAAAGCCGAUACUCCCAUCGAGGAGUUCACCCCCACGCCGGCCUUCCCGGCCCUGCAGUACCUGGAGUCGGUGGAUGAAGGCGGAGUGGCCUGGCAGGCGGGGCUCCGGACGGGGGACUUCCUCAUUGAGGUGAACCAGGAGAAUGUGGUGAAGGUGGGCCACAGGCAGGUGGUCAACAUGAUCCGCCAGGGAGGAAACCGGCUCCUGAUCAAAGUGGUGACUGUGAGCCGGAAUCUGGACCCUGAAGACACGGCACGCAAAAAAGCUCCUCCACCACCAAAGAGAGCCCCCACCACCGCCCUGUCCAUGCGCUCCAAGUCCAUGACCUCAGAGCUGGAGGAACUCGUGGAUAAAGCCACACUAAGGAAAAAGAAGGGUGAUGUGCAGAAGAAGAGGAUUGUUUUCCAAGUGACUCUAAAUAAAGUUGAGGAGAUGACGCACGCCCAGAAAAGCUCACCUGUGGACACAAAGAUCGCCACCAUCAAACCUCGUCCUUCCAGUCGCUGCUUGGUCACUCCUACAGAUAUGAAUUCCAUGUAUCACGACCGCCAGGGAGUAGCAGUGGUGCCGCCCACUGUGCCAGGAGCCUACCUGGGGAUCCCAGAAAAGGGCACCAUGAGGAAGCAGAAGUCUAUAGGUACGUCGGAGGAUGAUAAACAGGGACUCCUAACGCCUCCCCUGCUCAAGUUCUCCCGCAGCCUCUCAAUGCCUGACACCUCAGAGGAUAUCCCUCCUCCCCCAGCGAUUUCCCCGCCUUCACCACCUGCCUAUAACUCAGUUGCUGGACCUACAGCAAAAAACUACGGCACCACUCGACCGAACUUCACCCAAAACUCACCAAACGCAGUCACCACCAUCAGCCGGACCACGGAUGUUGGCAGGUUACGCCGUGGAUAUUUCCGUCAGAGCUCGGAGCAGUUUGAGAGCACACGUACUAGAGGGCGCGCACCCGUGCCUGAGAACCCUUACUCUGAGGUCGGCAAUAAGACGCUUUAUGUGCCAGCAAAACCAGCUAGAAGGAAGGGAAUGUUGGUAAAACAGCCUAAUGUAGAGGACAGUCCAGAGAAAACAUGCCACGUGCCAUCCAGCCCUUCGGGUGCAGUUUCCAUGCCCACAACACCUGUCGAAAGGACGUGCUCUUCUAUCCCCAUUCCCACCAUCAUUGUUAAAGAACCUUCCACCAGCAGCAGCGGCAAAAGCAGCCAGGGUAGCAGCAUGGAGAUUGAACCCACUACCCCAGAACAUCCCCCUCUAACAUCCACCAUUGGGGGAAGUGGAGGUUUGCGUCCUGAAGACCCAAUGUCUCUUAGCAACCCCUUUGCAGUAGCUAUCGCUGGAGCUGUGAGGGACCGUGAAAAGAGACUUGAAGCGAAAAAGAACUCGAUUGCCUUCCAGUCAAUAGACAUAGGGGAUGAUGAAAUGAGCAGCCCCGCACCAACUCCUCGUCUUCGCCAAUCUAAAUCCAUUGAUGAGGGCAUGUUCAGCAGUGAUGAACGCCUACGAAGGAUAUUAGCUCCCCCUUCUACAGUCCAACUUGGACCCCCAGUAGGUGGUGGUAGUGGAAAUAUGACAGAUUUCAACACGCCAGAGCCCACAGUGGUUCGGGAGCCUCUGAACACCAGAACAGGCCAGUGUCCCAAUCUGGACAGUCCAGUAAGUCUCCCAGCCACUCCUCCUAAGAGCCAUUACAAGGCUAAUGGAACCUACCUCCAUCCUGUCACUGGUAAACCCUUGGACCCUAACUCUCCUCUAGCUUUGGCGUUAGCAGCUCGUGACCGAGCCAUGAAGGAGCAACAGAACCAUCCGCAGAAUCAGCCAACAAAUCCCCCUCAGGUUCAGCAAACACCCAAACAUGAAGCCCAGUCCCUGCCACUUCAGCAGAGCCACAAACCAGACCUCAACCAACCGCUUUUUAUUGACACCAAAUUGCGUUCUGGGAUCGAGACCAGCUUUGCAGCAAUCUCCACGGCAACCAUGGGACGGCCAGGCAGAGGUGGGCUCCGGCGGCAGAUGACUGAGCAGAAGUAUGAAUCCGAUGGAGCGCGGGAACAGCGGCCGCAUCAGACAGUUGAGGAGCGAAAAAGCGCGCCCGCCAAUGUGGCAGAGGCGUCGCAACCCAAGUCAACUGGGCUGUUGAUGGUCCACACAAGCCCUGACACACCAAACAACAAAGUCAAUAACCAGGAGGUAGAGGUGCAGGAAAGCAACCGUCCUUCUGAGCUGAAGGACCCCAACCAGCCUGAUCAUCACAUUGCUCCAACAAUCUCCGCCAAUCCUCAACAAGCCGCCUCAAGGAGAAGAAGUGUUCCUCUAGGAGAAUCUUUAGAAGAACCAGUAAAACUGCCAUUCCGUAUCCCCCCUCCACCACUAGCAUCAGUCGACAUAGAUGAGGACUUUGAGUUCUCAGAGCCUCUUCCCCCACCACUUGAGUUUGCAAACAGUAUUGACAUUCCUGAUGACCAGGCCAGUGCCAUUGCAGAGAUGAUUCAGCAGCAGAGACGAAACGGAGGACAUCCUUUACCACCUUACCAUCCCCACGCCCCUCCAUCUGUCAGUGAUCACCAGAAACGUGUGCUUAACAGCAUGCCCCCUUCGUACCACCCAGCUCCACCUGAACCAGAAUCAGGGGUGGCGGAUUCUGGCAUUGAAGAGGUUGACAGCCGCAGCAGUGGAGAUCCUCAUCACAUGGAAACCACCAGCACUGUUUCCAGCAUCUCCACCCUAUCUUCAGAAGGAGGCUUCUGCGACAGUGCUUUGGAGAGCCUCUACACCACUACAGAUGGACACGCCUUUUUAGUGGACCGGCCGCCUGUCCCACCCAAACCCAAGGGAAAGUCUGUUAUCAAUAGAACUGCGCUUUAUCAUGACGCUCUCAUUGAAGAGCCCCCUGAGUCUUAUGGGUCACCGCCUCAAGCGCCUCCUCCUCCCCCAUCUUCUUCUGAGCCUCCUAGGACUCCUUCUCAAAGGACAUCCAAACUGUGGGGGGAUCAGCCCCCCGAGCUACGCAGUCCCCCAUCCACGCCAGACUCCAAGAACACCGUGAUUACAGAGCUCAGCUCUAUCCUGCAGCACAUUAAUCGCGACAGGCCCACCAAGCCAGGAGAGGCCCUCGACUCCCCCACAGCCACCCGAGGGGGCUUAACAUCCAGACCCCCGACAGACGACUCAGGAAUGCGUAACAACGUCGCUGCAGGUGCUCUCACCUCCACGCCUCCCAGCAGCCUUCCAUCCCAGGGGAAUCCCUGCAGCCCGCCGGACUCCGCCUCCUCCCUCACCCCCUGCUCCUCGCUGCCCCCCUCCGUGUCGCCCACCCUCACCGACGUCUUCGGCCUGCCCACGCCCCCUAUGGGCAGUGGCGGCGGCUACAGCCUGAGCUCAUCGUGCGGCGGCAGCGGAAGCUCGCGCUCUCCGUCGCCGCUCACGCUGAUGCAGGCGGUGGCGGCAUCUGGAAAACCCUUCGCCUCCAAGCCUAUGGAGCUGUGGAGCAAACACGACGUAGCCGACUGGCUGGAGAGCCUGAACCUGGGGGAGCACAAAGACGCCUUCCUGGACAAUGAGAUCGAGGGCGCCCACCUGCCGUCGCUGCAGAAGGAGGACCUGAUUGACCUGGGCGUGACCAGGGUGGGCCACCGCAUGAACAUAGAGAGGGCCCUGAAGCUGCUGCAGGACAGAUAAACCUCCCAGGAGACAGGGGGCGACGCGAGCAGUCAGCCUGAGGAGAGGGAGAUGUUUCCGGUCCCGCUAGCUGAUCUCUUCAUCAGAUGUGGAAGGAUAGAAGUUUCAUCCAAGCUGAAGCUGCCUCUUGCUGUUUUUGUCCUCUCAUCCUGCAUCGUCGCCCUCAUCUCAGCGCUUCGGCUUAUCCAACCUCCGCCCGCCCCCCCCAGCCUGGGCGUCCGGGGCGUGGAGGAACUGCAGGGGGAGUAAAGAGAAACAGCCGUCACAGGACGUCUGCGAGUUACUGGAAUAUUUUAAACCCUGGAAGUAUCAAAGGUUACUCAUCUGGAGGUUUAUUUCACAGACUCUUGCUUUUCCGCCUCGCUUUGGAAUACUGAGACCUAUCCGUACACCUGGACGGGUGCGUGAAGAACCAGCUGAGCUGGUCGUUGCUCCUUUUCUAUCUUUGCUAGAAUUUGUUCAGAGAAUAUUUCUUCACUAGAGUCCUAACGGAGUUAUAUUUCCGGGCGCAUCUGCGGCUGUAGAGGAACAUUUUCAGAUAGACUCCUUUUUCUGUUGCUUUUCACCUAUUUGUGUCAAACUUAGAGCAUCAGCCGAGACAUUUAAAGCAACCAUGUCACCUUUCCACAUAGAGGUCAUGCAUGUGGAGAUACACACACAGACACAGAUAUGCACACACACAUUGAUGGCUCUCUUUCUCCUGAAAGAGUGUGGAGGAAUGAGAUCCACGUGGAGAUGUAAGGGAAACCAAGGUGAGGACAUGAGGAAGGUUGGACCUUGAAGAAUGCCCAGAAGACGUCCUUGUUCCAGCUUCACUUGUCCUUCCAGCGCUGUGCGUAUGUGUGUGUGUGUGUGUGUGUGUGUGUGUGUUUGCGUCUGUGUGUUACUGUUUGACCCAAAAAUCCGUUUAGCUAUUUUCAUAGUUCUGCCAUGUAGGCCAGAGUUUAGCAGAAGUAGAACCAUUCCUUUUGUGCCUCACUCUGUUGGAUCCUGUUCCACCUCACCAGUUGCACGUCAGCACACACUGUGAGCCCACGGUGACGCCAACGUGUCGCACACCUGUGCAAAGGUCGUAGUUCAGCUCAGGUUGAAAUGUUACAGAGAAUAUUUUGGGAAAAACACAGAUUGUCUGUUAUAGCCGACAAU